CCCAUAAUGCAAGCGCACAGAGGCUGAGGUAGAAGCCCAAGUACUGCUUCUCGUCAUCUGUUCUUCCAUCCUUCCCAUAAAUCUCCAUCUGUAAGAUCGUGGGAAGCUGCUGAGGUUGGAGGCCAGUGAAUCAGUUAACAUGUCAACCCUGCGCUUUGGACAGCAUCUCAUCAAGGCCUCAGCUGUGUUCCUGCAGACGGAGCUGUCCUUCGCUCUGGUCAACAGGAAGCCUGUGGUGCCUGGUCGUAUCUUUUCAUUACUUACAGGAUUACAAAUAUUUGAAUAUGUCUGCAGCCCACAAUUCCUUAACAGAGCUUAUUCAGAUGUGUUGGUGUGCCCUCUAAGACCAGUGGAGCGAUUUCGGGAUCUUCAGUCCGAUGAGCUGGCAGAUUUAUUCAGCACCACUCAGAGAGUCGCCAAACUGGUGGAGAAACACUUCAACGCUACCUCACUCACCAUUGCAAUCCAGGAUGGCCCUGAAGCUGGACAAACCGUGAAGCAUGUCCAUGUCCAUGUGCUGCCUAGAAAAGCAGGGGACUUUGAGCGAAAUGACAGCAUCUAUGAUGAGUUGCAGAAGCAUGAUCAAGAAGAUGAGGACAUUCCCUCCAAGUGGAGAUCAGAAGAGGAAAUGGCAGCAGAAGCUUCAGAUCUAAGGAAACAACUCUCGACUUCAUAAAUGGUCAAGGGAAUAAACAACCUAUGCAGUUUAAAUCUAUUGACAUGUCCCUAGAUAUAUUUUUUCUGCAAAUGCUCAAUAAUAACCACUUGUUUUGUACAGGUACAACAUUUAAAACAGACUUAAAUGGUCCGCAGGAAAUGUAUUCUAGUGCCUCAGAGUUUUUCCUCUGGUGUCACCAUGAAGGAACAUUGUGUCUUUGAGUGAAAUGUCAACAGAAAUAACUACUGGUUGGAUUACUAUUGUCACCUGACAAAGCAUUCAGACUCCUUCAUUUUUGCACACUUUAUUACAUUUUAACUUCAUAUUAAACAAGAAAAGCACUCAGAGAGCACAGUACUCUGCCAAGGCUCCUCAGUUGUGGUAUGAUUUCUGGCAGAUAGUCCUAAAAAGUCCGCAGCGGUGGAUUUGUGGUAAGAUCGCAAUCAUGUGAUUGUCAGCAGGCAGCUGACGUAGCGUUCACUUGUUGUCAUAGUUACAGUGACACCGUGCUGCUAUCUCAUCUUGCAAUGAUACAGAAAUCUUGAACAAAUCUGUGGAUCCAGACUAUAAGCCGCAUAACUGCCAAAAUCUAAUCACUUGGUCCUUGUGUCAUUUCUGACCUUCCCUGAAAAUUUCAUCCAAAUCCGUUAUUCUGUUUUUGAGUAAUGUGGCAGACAGAUUAACAGAUGGAAGGACAAACAUACGCCGAUCAUCACAUAACUCCACCGUGUUCCUUGGCAGAGUAAUGAAUACAAUCACUGUUUUCCCACCAAUCUAUUCUUCAUUAAUAUGUUCCAUCCAUGUUUAUCAAAAUUUCUGAAAGUUUAUUAAGACUCCACAUCUAAAAUCUUUUUACAAAAAUAUUUAGCUUUUACCUUUGCUGUGGCUGCAACACUGUGAUCAAAUGAAUCUUGCACCUUUUCGGAAUCCAUAUGAACUCUAUCUGUGUCCAAAAAAAGUGACUGAAUAUGGUUUAGCUACAUCUACACCUGUGUAUGUGAGGUCUCACAAUUCAAACUGUCAGGACAAGGAGUAAACCAUACAGUCUACGAAAUGUUUUUUAGAUCCUCUUGAUAAAACUUCAGCAAUGCAUAGAUCAGAGAAAAGUUACAGAACAAUUGUUAAAAGCUAACAGUGUUGCUAGGAGCAAGGAGACCUCAACCAUUGUUAUAUGGAAGAAGUUUGAAGCUAUCAUGACACUUAAUAAAGGUGAUAAUCUAGUCAA